AAUCGAGCCUAAUCAAAUUAUGAUGGAGGGUUCAAAGAAUCUAAAAAUACCUGACUGAAGUGCCCUAUAUCACCCCUUCAAAACCUUACUUCGUACUCUCUCUUGCCUAUACAAGUUUUGAGUUCUUUGAUGCCUUUUUUUGGAAGAUCCUAGUGGUGAAAAUGAAGCACAGGGUGUAGUUAGGAAAAUCAAAGCUGAUUUGGAUGAAACAGGAGUUAAGUUUGAAAAUAGGAAGUAUAAAUGAGUUUAGGGAUGUAUUUUUUAGGCUUAAACUGUUGGCAAAUGGUGGUCGGUGAAGGGGGUUUGGCGUAAAUGUUGGCUGCUGGAUUUUGAAUUAUUUUGUAACUUUUCAUAAUUAAUUGAUUAAAUAGAAAUUUAAUCAUACUUGGAUGACCUGUAACUCUCUAACACAGCGAAGGAAACUCACUUUAGCUUCUCCACAAAACCCCAAGCCAAAUCUUUAGCGGUUGUAGUCACUACUCCUCUGCUCUCCACGUUCUCUCUCAACCAGCAAUGGGUAUUAAGGGUUUAACGAAGCUUCUAGCAGACAAUGCGCCAAAGGCCAUGAAGGAACAGAAAUUAGAGAGCUAUUUCGGCCGCAAGAUUGCCAUCGACGCCAGCAUGAGCAUUUACCAAUUUCUCAUUGUCGUGGGUCGUAUGGGGACUGAAAUGCUCACCAAUGAAGCCGGUGAAGUUACCAGUCAUUUGCAAGGCAUGUUUACUCGGACAAUUCGGCUUCUUGAAGCUGGGCUUAAACCUGUCUAUGUUUUUGAUGGGCAGCCUCCAGAUUUGAAAAAACAAGAGCUUGCUAAGCGUUACUCAAAGAGGGCAGAUGCUACUGAGGAUUUGCAAGAAGCCAUGGAGACUGGAAAUAAGGAGGACAUUGAAAAAUUCAGCAAGCGGACAGUAAAAGUGACAAGGCAGCAUAAUGAAGACUGUAAACGGCUUUUAAGACUUAUGGGGGUGCCUGUGAUUGAUGCUCCUUCUGAAGCAGAGGCUCAAUGUGCUGCACUCUGCAAAUCUGGAAAGGUUUAUGCUGUGGCUUCUGAGGACAUGGACUCUUUAACCUUUGGAACUCCUAAGUUUCUUAGACACUUAAUGGACCCUAGCUCAAGAAAAGUUCCAGUCAUGGAGUUUGAUGUUGCAAAGGUUUUGGAAGAGCUGAAUCUUACAAUGGAUCAAUUCAUUGACUUGUGCAUUCUUUCUGGAUGUGAUUAUUGUGACAGUAUUCGAGGUAUCGGGGGACAGACAGCUUUAAAGCUAAUUCGUCAACAUGGAUCUAUAGAGGAAAUACUUCAGAACAUAAACAAAGAGAGGUACUCAAUACCUGAUGAUUGGCCAUAUGAAGAGGCUCGACGGCUUUUUAAAGAACCAUUAGUCUGCAUGGACGAUGAGCAACUUGAGAUGAAGUGGAGUCCUCCAGAUCUUGAAGGGUUGAUUACCUUUCUGGUGAAUGAAAAUGGAUUCAAUAUUGACAGAGUGACGAAGGGAGUAGAGAAAAUUAAAGCAGCCAAGAACAAGUCUUCACAGGGCCGACUAGAGUCCUUUUUCAAGCCAGUUGCUAACACAUCUGCACCAAUUAAACGAAAGGAAAUACCUGAGAAGACAGGUAAAGAAACUAAUAGUAAAAAGCACAAGGCUGGUGGUGGUAGGAAAAAGAAAUAGUUGAAUUAGGGGUGAGCAGAGCAACUGCAUUGUAUGGGAUUUGGACUGUUUUGUUUUUUGUAAUGAAUUUUUACUUUUUUAACUUAUGGGUUUUAUAGUUUCUUAGUAAAUUGGAAACUUUGAUCUUUGAUUAGUGUAUGUGCUGGCUCCUAUACAUUUGAGUGAUAUGAUGGAAGUAGAGGUGGCUUCACUUAA